AUGAUUACACUUCAGGAUGUAGGAGCUUAUGAUUUUUCAAAAACUCCAGAUGAAAAUUUCGGUGCUUUGAGCUCGCCAUUCUACAAGGACUUAGAUCGAAUACUACCGCUGAACGAUAAUUCCGCAUUAGAAAAUUUUUCAAAUGAAAUCGCUGCUGCUGAUGUGACUUUACUUUUUCAAGAGAAGUUUGAACUGACCCUCUCAGAGGCUUCGGGGCUGAAGAAUGUCGAUAUCGUCAAGCUUUUUGAUUCCCUUUACCCUGAGUUUUUAUCCGAAGAAAUGCAAAAAAAUAUGCAGGAUGUGAAGAUCAAAGCUUUGACUGUCUUACAGAAACACAUGUUUGUGUUCUGCAGCUUAGACCGGCCAUUUGUUUUAUAUUCUGAAAUGAAAUCAGGAAGGAAAGCUGGAUAUCUAAUUCCUUUGAUUGAAAAAGUCGCACAAGCUAGAGAAGGGCGUCCAACAAAACACUGGGAAGGACCUUCUAUGCUUAUCGUCACUUUCACCGAACAGAGAGCUAGACAUAUCGCAGCUCUAUACGAAAAACUUAGUAGAAGUCUAUGUGUCAAAUCAGUCAACAUGUUGUUCGGAAAUGAGAAUGAUUUGGAAUUAACUGGAGGAGAUAUUUAUACCGGAAAACUAGAACAAAUCAUCAAGUUCUUGAAGAUUAAUAAUGUGGAUGCUAGUGUAAUCGAUUAUUUAGUGAUAGAAGAGUGCAACAAAGCUCUGAUCCCUGAUUAUACGAAGGAUCUCAUGAGGUUACAUGCAUAUUUCUCUCUUCACUGUGGUGUGCCAGCAAACACUUACCUGAUAUAUGAUAAAAUAACUAAGGUACAGCCCGUUUUAGAAGGUUUUCUCAAUAAGAAUCAUAAUGUGAUCAAAUAUUUCCGACCUACGAGAGUCGUCCCUAUCAAAAUCCACGUUGUUAGUUUUUAUGAGCGAAGCUCAUGGUUGAUUUUCAAGAAGAUACGAGUUUUAGAAAAACAAUUGAAGUCGUCAGAAGCCAUGGAGUAUGAAUGUAAAGAUAGUCGAUGGCUAAUACUUGUUCCCAACAAUACGUUGGUUCAUUAUUUAUAUGGAUAUUUAAGCCUGUUUUUAAAAUUCCCACCUCUCGCUUUGACCAGUUUGACCGAUAAAAUAGGAUUAGAAGAUAUUACUGGAAAGUUUCGAGAUAAGCACAAUGUUCUAAUCGCUGAGUAUGAUGUCCUCGACAGAGUUCCUGAGUCGGGAUAUAUAUCUAAUAUAGUUUGUUUUGAAGUCCCAAGAGUUAAAUCAUUACUGACUUUUUGCAAAAUUAGGUAUUUAGCGAGAAAUGUAAAGGGACACUUGUACAUAUUUUUCAAUCCCUUGAUUGAUAUGCAUUAUACUGGAGUAGUUUGUAAGUUCAUAAUGCAAUGCCACGAGCCAAUCAGUCAGGAGUUAUACGAUUUAUACCAGUGGGUGAAAAAUUUCAAAAAUGUGGACAGAGAUCGAAAUGCUUUUCCAACAAGUUGGAGCCGUCUUCAUGCAACAGGAUCACCAACAUUACCGAAAUAA